CGCCAUUUCCUGUCUAAUCUCCUCACUUCCUGCCCCGCACAGUCACGUGAUUGUGACAUCUAGUGCCGGGUUCUCGAGUAGAGUGCGAGUUUAUCCGCUACAGUAGGACGCGGGGAUAGCGGGAUGGCAGAUGAUGAGGAUGUCUCGCCCGAAGAGAGGCUCUUGUUCCUGCCCGAUCGCCAUGUUCGCUAUUUUCAGCGUAGCCUGCAGCUCCUACCAGAGCAGUGCGCGUCUUUAGAGACAAACAGGUUAACAAUUGCAUUUUUUGCUCUUUCUGGACUCGAUAUGCUGGAUUCACUAAAUGUAAUCAACAAAUCAGAAAUAGUCGAAUGGAUUUACUCUCUUCAAGUCCUUCCCACUGAAGACCAGUCAAAUCUUAAUCGAUGUGGCUUUCGUGGAUCUUCCUGUUUGGGGUUACCAUUUAAUCCUUCCAAGGGCCAUGGACUUCAUCACCCAUACGACAGUGGCCAUAUAGCAAUGACUUACACAGCUAUAGCAAGCCUUCUUAUACUGGGCGAUGAUUUAAGCCGUGUAAAUAAGAAAGCCUGCUUGGCAGGACUGCGUGCUCUUCAGCUCUCAGAUGGAAGAUCUUUAUAUUUUCUCAGCUUUUGUGCUGCGCCCGAGGGAAGCGAAAAUGACAUGCGAUUUGUAUAUUGUGCUGCCUGUAUUUGUUACAUGCUGAAUGACUGGUCGGGUAUGGAUAUGGAAAGGUCGAUUGAUUACAUUAGGAGGAGUAUGUCAUAUGAAAAUGCUUUGGGACAGGGGGCUGGAUUGGAAGCGCAUGGAGGCUCAACCUUUUGUGGAAUUGCUUCCCUUUGCUUGAUGGGGAAGCUCGAGGAAGUAUUUUCAGAGAAGGAACUGAAUAGAAUGCGAAGGUGGUGCAUAAUGAGGCAGCAAAAUGGUUUUCACGGAAGGCCAAACAAACCUGUUGACACUUGUUACUCCUUUUGGGUUGGAGCAACGCUAAUGCUCUUGGACAUCUUCAAAUAUACAAAUUUUGAGAAAAACAGGAAUUUUAUAUUGUCCACCCAGGAUCGCAUUGUUGGAGGUUUUGCAAAAUGGCCAGAUAGCCAUCCAGAUGCAUUGCAUGCCUACUUUGGGAUCUGUGGCCUGUCUCUGAUCGGAGAGGCUGGAAUCUGUGAAGUCCAUCCUGCUCUGAAUGUAAGUUUAACAACAUAUAAACGUCUCCAGCAGCUGCACAACACUUGGAAAUCAAAGGACUGUGAAUGGAACUCGGAUAAUAUGCACAUCGGAACUUGAAUGACCCACAUCAGUGUUGCGUUAGGUGGCAAAAUUCUAGGCCGCUAUAAAAAGCCAUGUACUACCAAGUGUACUUUCACCUACUGGAGUCACUCAAUCAAAGUGUUCUUGACUAAUCUCACAGCAAUGCUCAGCAGCCAGUUCUCUUGUACCUCAAUAAAAAAGAUUGUUUUUUUUUAAUAAUAGAUUGUACAAAGUGCAUAGUAUGUAAUGAAUGGUUAAACCAAAACUUUCCGUUAAUUAGACUGAAAAAAUGAAGAAUAUCAAGUACUUAUCCACUGAAAAUGUGUUUGCUACACUAAUGUUAACUAAUACUAUAUCCAGAAAGAGUAUUCUGAUUCCUGAGUUUGAGGUUGUGCUAAUAAGCACUCAGCCAUAUACUGAACGGAUGCUUUAAAGGGGUUGUUCUCGUUUAAAUGAACUUUUAGUAUAAUGUAGAAAGUGAUAUUCUGAGUCUAUUUUCAAUUGGUUUGUAUUAUUUGUGGUUUUCGAGUUAUUUCGCUUUUUAUUCAGCAGCUCUUCAGUUUGCAGUUUCAGCAAUCUGGUUGCUGGGAUCCAAAUUACCCUAGCAACCAAGCAUUGAUUUGAAUGGGAGAUGACCUGAAUAGAAAGGGGAGUAAUAAAAUAUUAGCAAUAACAAUAGAUUUGUUGCCUUACAAUGCAUUUGUUCUUUAGAUGGGGUCAGUGAUUCCCUAUCAGAAACUGGGAAAGAGUCAAAAGAAGAAGGCAAAUUAAUCAAAAACUAUAAAAAAAAUGAAGGCCAAUUAAAAAGUUUCUUAGAAUUAUCCAUUCUAUAACAUACUAAAAGUUAACUUAAAGGCGAAUUGCUCCUUUAAAGGUGUGACUAAAGCUGGUCCAUACAGCUAUAAUAUUGAGACAUCUCCGCAUUUCCCAGUGGUGGGGUUAUGUUGUAUUGUAUAAACUGUAUUGAUCGUGGAAACUGUGUAUCAAUGUCUGCAUAUACAUCAUUACACUGAUAUAUUCCUAAUUAUAUUAGUAUGCUACAGACCUGGCCCAUUUAGCUGCUAACAAGCACAAACAAAGAGUUACUAAGUGCACAUGUUUCCCCCAUGUCUCAUAAUUAUGAUUAUAAAAAUGCUAAGCUCACUACCCACAUCACUAACACACAAACAUCACAUACAAUCGGUCAACUGCACGGCUUCACUCCUUCCAAGUUCUAGGCUUCGACAACAAUGUCUCCCAGGCCAAGUAAUAGGAGGUUGUAAAAUUAACAGCCAUUCUGUAAUUCGGCGCUUUCUGGAUAACGGAUUUCCAGAUAAUGGAUCCCAUGCCUGUAGUUGCUAACUUGAUGUCCCCCAUCUAGGACUUGUUCUAACUGGCUGCUCUGGCAACAGUUUCAUUGCAGGAAAGUUGCUGCAACUAUUUCCACCUGAACACUGGUGGUUUGGGCCUGAUUUCAGAAGGAACAAUCGUUUGGAAGUACAGGCGUGAGAUCUGUAAUCUUGAAACCCGUUAUCUGGAAAGCUCCGAAUUAUGGGAAUGUCCUACCAUAUACUCCAUGGGGUAUAUUUAUCAAACGAGUGAAGUUAGACAUCACCACAAUCUGCUACAGUGAAAUACCGCCACUCUGCAUUCAUUUCUUUGGGAUUUUAAAGGCGUAAUUAUCAAAUUAUGAAAGUGAAAGUUUUUCCUUUUAUAAAUAGGCCUUUAAAAUCCCAUAGAAAUGAAUAGAGAGAGGCGGUAUUUCACUCUAGCAGACUGUGGUGAUCUCUAACUUCACUUUUUGAUAAAUAUACCCCCAUGUUAUCCUCCAAAUAAUCCAGAUUUUUAAAAAUUAGUUCCUUUUUCACUGUAAUAAUAAACCAGUACAUUGUACUUGAUCCAAA